AUGCCACGCCCCGCGAUCAGCGUUGUCCUGCCCGUCUACAACGGCGAGCGCUACCUGCGCGAGACGCUGGCCAGUUUGCGUUGGCAGUCGUUCGCCACUUGGGAGGCGGUCUGUGUCAACGAUGGGUCGACCGAUGGCUCGCUCGACAUCCUCCGUGACUACGCCGCGGCGGACCAGCGCUUUCGGAUCAUCGAUCAGCCCAACGGCGGCAUCGUUGCGGCGCUCAACCGCGGGCUCGCCGAAGCGCGGGCCGAUUGGGUCGCGCGGCUUGAUGGCGACGACAUCGCGUUGCCGCACCGGUUCAAGACGCAGCUCGACUUCGUGCGGCGCCGCCCCGAGACGACGGUCGUCGGCUCGGCGGUCACGACGAUCGACCCCGAGGGGGACGUGCUGCGGACGCUGCCGUGUGUGACGGAGCACCAGGCCAUCGAGAACGCGCUGUUAGCCGGCGACGCGCCGAUAGCGCACCCAACCGUGAUCGUGCGGCGCGACGCCGUGCUCGCCGCGGGCGGCUAUCGCAGCGCGUACGAGUGGGUUGAGGACGCCGACCUCUGGCUACGGCUCGCGCGCGAAGGCCGACUGGCGAACCUCGCCGAACCGUUGGUGCGUUAUCGAUUGCACGCCAACUCGGUUUGCUGGACGAAGCGCGCCGAGCAACAGCAGCGGCUCGCGCGCUUGCUGCGCGAAGCCCGCGCCGAGCGCGGCCUGCCGCCGCUCCCCGAGCGUGAAGCGUCGCAGCGCCCGCUCUCCGACCCGCGCGGCAAGUGGGCCCGCCAAGCGGCCCGCGACGGGCGCGUCGGCGUGGCGAUGAAGUGGGUGCAGCGACUCGUCGCCGACAAGCCGUUGGCGCCGAGCAGCUGGCGCGUCGCCGCGGAGACCGUUUUGCGUGGAGCGAUUGCCGUUGCGACGGGGCGGCGCGAGCGGUUGCCGGUGUUGCCGGAUUGGCGAGAGUUCGAUUGCGUGGCGAGCGGCGCCGCGUUCGAUUACAGUGCGGGCAUGUUCGAUUCGCCCCUCGACCGUCACCGCCGCACGAAGCGAUCGAUGCUGCCGUUCUGGCUGCUGAUCGUGACGAUUCUGAUCGUCUUCGGUUACUGCCUCUACGCGACGGUGGGCCCCAACCCGCCGAUCAUCGUCAGCAAAGCGACAACGCACCUAACGACGCCGCUCGGCAAAGAUGGCCUGCCCGAUUACGCCGCGGUGCUGCUGGCCGACACGAUGAAGGGCGUGACACCGGAGACGAACGCGGCGGUGCCGCUGUUGGAGGCGAUGGAUAUCAAAGAGUUCGACAAACUCGAGCCGUCCGAGAAGGACAAUCUCAAGCUUGUCUUCGACAAGAUUGGCGCUGUGUGGCCGCCAGAUGAAACCCGAGCGAUUCCUUCACUGUUCUCGAAGGAAGUGAGAAUUGGGGCAGUGCGACUCUAUCGAGAGCGAGUCCCGCGUCCUGCGGACAUAGAGAUCGUGAACAUCGGAAGCGGCGGCAACGAUUCAGAAGUUGAUGAGUCUUCAGUAGAGCCUUGGGAUGACGACUGCUGCGGCAUCUCGGAUGAAGACUUCUGGCGUUUAAGCGAGGAGGAGGUCGCCAAUGACGAGCGAGCCCGGUUUUACUAUGACAGCAUGCUUGACCGGCCUUGGUCACAGAACGAUCUACCGUUCCUAGCCGAUUGGUUUGAUGAGAAUGCCUCGGCGAUCAACCACUUAGUGGCGGGUCUUGAGAGAGCGGGAUGGGGUCUUCCCAAGGCCGCGUGGAUACGGGGAGAGAGCGAUCCAUCGACAUGGCUCGAUGUUGCAACCAUGUCAACGGCUCGCCAAUCGGCUCGUAUUCUCGUAACGCGAACGCACUUCAGGAUUGGCCAACAGGAUUGGCGCGGCGCUCGUAGCGACGCGCUGGCGAUAAGCAAACUCGCUGCGCACUACGCGACGGGGCCAUUUCUUUUAGACCAACUGACAGCGACUGCAUUUGACGGAAUAGGGUUGCCGGCGAUUCAACAGCUCGCCUUGGCGCCAGACACCCCUGCGGAAGAGUUGCGAGCACUCCUGAGCGAGUUCGACUCGAUCGGUCCCGCCAGUCGUAUGGCUGACGUGAUGGACCGAGGCGAACGCUAUUACGGAUUGAGUGAAGUAAUCGCCUGGGCCAACUCAUCUGAUAUCGAUGGGCGACUCAAGGGGUAUCUCGAUUACAUCGGGUUUAUGGGGUCUUCAAAUCCGGCGUCGUUGAACCUUCAGGUCCUGGAACGCUUUUCAAUCGAUUGGAACGUUGUUCUCCGACUGCUUGACGCCACCUACGAUCAAGUUGUUGCGGCUGCGAAGAUUCCGAACGGUCGCGACCGUCGGGCCGCUUUGGCUUUGAUCGACGCCGAGAUUCACGCUGCUGCUGAGAGAGUGCAGUCUACCGCGUCGGGUUUUGAGCGAAUCUGGACCUCUGCCGCGCGGGGUGAAUUGGCAGCCGACGUUUUUGUGUCGAUCUCCGCGAUGCAGUACGUAACCUAUUUUGCGAUCGAGGAUCGGAAUCGAAUCGACCGAGCGCUUACUCGUACGGCUAUAGCACUAGCCAUCCACCGCGCGGAACACGGCGGGUAUCCCGAAUCACUCGAUGACCUCGCGCCAGAUGUUCUAGCCACAUCGCCCGUCGACCCCGUCUAUGGCGGUCCGUUGGGUUAUCGGCGAACCGACGACGGGUUCCUCGUGUACUCCAUCGGCUUCAACGGCGUUGACGAUGGCGGCAGUAACGAUGGCGAGGCGGUCGGAUUCGGACGCCAAGUCUUCGAGGGAAUCUUCGUUAACGAGCAAAGCGACCCUGCCGAAGCCGCCAACCUCACCGCAAAAAUCCCCAAGGGCGCCGACGACCUCUCGCUCCGUGCUCCGCUACCGAUCAAGCCUUGGCCGUGGGAGAGGGCGACGGGGGAGGGGAGCGACGACGCGGCUAGUGAUCCGUUGAUGGCGGACUAG